AUGGCUGCCAAGCUGACUCGCCUCCACAGUCUCCGCGAACGCCUUGGUGCCACCAUCUCCUCUCAUCCCAAUGAGCUGAUUGCACUCUUUUCCAGGUAUGUUAACCAGGGCAAGGGAAUGCUUGAGCGCCAUCAACUGCUUACUGAGUUUGAUGCCCUGCUUGAUAGUGACAAGGAGAAGUAUGCACCCUUUGAAGACUUUCUUCGUGCUGCUCAGGAAGCAAUUGUGCUGCCCCCAUGGGUUGCACUUGCUAUCAGGCCAAGGCCUGGUGUCUGGGAUUACAUUCGAGUGAAUGUAAGUGAGUUGGCUGUGGAGGAGCUGAGUGUUUCUGAGUACUUGACAUUCAAGGAACAGCUGGUGGAUGGAAAUUCCAACAGAAACUUUGUGCUUGAGCUUGAUUUUGAGCCCUUCAAUGCCACGUUCCCUCGUCCUUCCAUGUCAAAGUCCAUUGGAAAUGGAGUGCAAUUCCUUAACCGACACCUGUCUUCCAAGUUGUUCCAGGACAAGGAGAGCCUGUACCCGUUGCUGAAUUUCCUCAAAGCCCAUAACUACAAGGGCACGACGAUGAUGUUGAAUGACAGAAUUCAGAGCCUUCGUUGGCUCCAGUCCUCCCUUAGAAAGGCAGAAGAGUAUCUACUGAGUGUCCCUCAAGACACUCCCUACUCAGAGUUCAACCAUAGGUUCCAAGAGCUUGGCUUGGAGAAGGGUUGGGGUGACACUGCAAAGCGCGUACUUGACACACUCCACUUGCUUCUUGACCUUCUUGAGGCCCCUGAUCCUGCCAAUUUGGAGAAGUUCCUUGGAACUAUACCAAUGAUGUUCAAUGUUGUUAUCCUGUCUCCUCAUGGCUACUUUGCCCAAUCCAAUGUGCUUGGAUACCCUGACACUGGUGGUCAGGUUGUGUACAUUUUGGAUCAAGUCCGUGCUUUGGAGAAUGAGAUGCUUCUUAGGAUUAAGCAGCAAGGCCUUGACAUCACCCCGAAGAUCCUCAUUGUUACCAGGCUGUUGCCUGAUGCUGUUGGGACUACGUGCGGUCAGCGGCUGGAGAAGGUCAUUGGAACUGAGCACACAGACAUUAUUCGUAUUCCAUUCAGAAAUGAGAAUGGUAUUCUCCGCAAGUGGAUCUCUCGUUUUGAUGUCUGGCCAUACCUGGAGACAUACACUGAGGAUGUUGCCAGUGAAAUAAUGUUAGAAAUGCAGGCCAAGCCUGACCUUAUUGUUGGCAACUACAGUGAUGGCAACCUAGUCGCCACUCUGCUCGCGCACAAGUUGGGAGUUACUCAGUGUACCAUUGCCCAUGCCUUGGAGAAAACCAAAUAUCCCAACUCAGACAUAUACUUGGACAAAUUUGACAGCCAAUACCACUUCUCAUGCCAGUUCACAGCUGACCUUAUUGCCAUGAAUCACACUGAUUUCAUCAUCACCAGUACAUUCCAAGAAAUAGCGGGAAGCAAGGACACUGUGGGGCAGUAUGAGUCCCACAUUGCGUUCACUCUUCCUGGACUUUACCGUGUUGUCCAUGGCAUUGAUGUUUUUGAUCCCAAAUUCAACAUUGUCUCUCCUGGAGCAGACAUGAGUGUUUACUACCCAUACACUGAAACUGACAAGAGACUCACUGCCUUCCAUCCUGAAAUUGAGGAGCUCAUCUACAGCGAUGUUGAGAACAAUGAGCACAAGUUUGUGUUGAAGGACAAGAACAAGCCGAUCAUCUUCUCAAUGGCUCGUCUUGACCGUGUGAAGAACAUGACAGGCUUGGUUGAGAUGUAUGGUAAGAAUGCACGCCUGAGAGAAUUGGCAAACCUUGUGAUUGUUGCUGGUGACCAUGGCAAGGAAUCGAAGGACAGGGAGGAGCAGGCAGAGUUCAAGAAGAUGUACAGUCUCAUUGAUGAGUACAACUUGAAGGGCCAUAUCCGGUGGAUCUCAGCUCAGAUGAACCGUGUCCGCAAUGCGGAGUUGUACCGCUACAUUUGUGACACGAAGGGAGCAUUUGUGCAGCCUGCAUUCUAUGAAGCAUUCGGCCUGACUGUCAUUGAGUCCAUGACGUGCGGUUUGCCAACAAUUGCAACCUGCCAUGGUGGUCCUGCUGAAAUCAUUGUGGACGGGGUGUCUGGUUUGCACAUUGAUCCUUACCACAGUGACAAGGCUGCAGAUAUCUUGGUCAACUUCUUUGAGAAGUGCAAGUCAGAUCCAAGCUACUGGGACAAGAUCUCACAGGGUGGACUGCAGAGAAUUUAUGAGAAGUACACCUGGAAGCUCUACUCCGAGAGGCUGAUGACCCUGACUGGUGUAUACGGAUUCUGGAAGUAUGUGAGCAAUCUGGAGAGGCGCGAGACUCGCCGCUACCUUGAGAUGUUCUAUGCUCUGAAAUACCGUAGCCUGGCAAGUGCUGUUCCAUUGUCCUACGACUAG